AUGGGGAACUCCUCCCUGCAGCGAAUCCUCAAAAGCCACUGCUUUGCCAGAGAGAAGAAAGGGGAUAAAGCCAGCGCCACCGUCCAUGCCAGCCGCACCAGGCCGCUCCUCAGCCUGCACAGCCGCAGCGGCCGCAGCAGCAAGAGUUCCAGGGUCUCCCUCCGCUGCUGUAAACCUGGUCCGGGGUCUCGGUGGUGCUCCGAUGCCUCGCGCACCCCUGAUGCCCCUCGCCCACCCCCGAAGAUUCCGGGUGGGCGAGGGAAUCGUCAGAGGGAUCACAAUCUUUCAGCUAACUUACUCUACUCCUAUGAUCGGCUGAAUGUAGCAGAGACUCUAACGUCCAACGACAAGACGAGGAUUCUCAACGUCCACUCCAGGCUCACAGAUGCCAAACGCAUUAACUGGCGAGCCGUGCUGAGCGGCGGCAGCCUCUACAUCGAGAUCCCUGGUGGUGCGCUGCCCCAGGGGAGCGAGGAUAGCUUUGCAGUUCUCCAGCAGUUCGCCGAGGAGCAGCUGAGCGCCGACCACGUCUUCAUUUGCUUGCACAAGAACCACGAGGACAGAGCCGCCUUGCUCCGGACCUUCAGCUUUUGCGGCUUUGAGACUGUGAGACCGGGGCAUCCCCUUGUCCCCAAGAGACCCGACGCUUGCUUCAUGGCCCACACGUCGGGCAGAGAGUCUUUGGGCGAGGAGUAGUAGCGGCCGCAGCGGGGCUGGGCAUCCAGCUCCUGGGGCCGCCCCGGCGUCUGCCGGGUGGGUGGGAACGGUAGACUAGCUCAUCUCGCCUGGGUUUGUCCACAUGUAACUGCAAAUGAAUGCU